AUGGAGGAGUUAGCUAGAGAGAGCAUCAGCUUGCUAGCUAAGCCAUCUCUGGAGUCUGAUAGCCCCCAACUUUCCUCAUUUGGUGCCAUCUUCAUCUUGCUAAAAUCUGCCCUUGGAGCAGGGCUCCUGAAUUUCCCCUGGGCCUUCAAUAAAGCUGGCGGAAUGGCCCAAGCAAUCUCCGUGGAGCUGGGAUCUUUGAUAUUCCUCAUUAGCGGCCUAGUAAUCUUGGGUUACGCUGCUUCUAUCAGCACUCAGACAACCUACCAAGGUGUGGUGAGAGAAAUCUGUGGGUCAGCUGUGGGCAAGCUUUGCGAAGUGUGCUUCAUCUUGAACCUCUUCAUGAUCUCCGUGGCCUUCCUCAAAGUUAUGGGAGAUCAACUAGAAAAACGUGAGACCUGGGGUCUCUCCAUCCCAAGACAAAUUGGCUUCCAAAAAUAUACAAGUAUCCUUGGCACUUUAGCUGCCUGUUACCUGAUGGUGGUCAUUGUGCUGAAGUAUUACCUCAAAACAGAUCACGCUGUUAAGCAGGAGCAUCCCCAUUCUGCUAAUUCUUGGGCCUCCAUGUUCAGCGUUGUCCCGACCAUCUGUUUUGGGUUUCAGUGUCAUGAAGCCUGUGUGGCCAUCUACUGCAGCCUGAGCGAUAAGAGGCUGUCCCACUGGGUGGUGGUGUCUGUGAUGUCCAUGCUCUUCUGCUUGUUGAUCUACUCCAUGACAGGUUUGUAUGGCUACUUGACAUUUGGCGCUGACGUCGCUGCUGACAUCCUAAUGUCCUACCCUGGAAAUGAUGUAGUGGUUAUUGUAGCUCGGCUGUUAUUUGGCAUCUCCAUUAUCACCAUCUACCCCAUUGUCCUUUUUCUAGGAAGGUCCGUCCUCCAAGAUUUUUGCCUCGGCUCCAAGCAGGGCUGUAUCCAGAUGGAGAACAGUGAGAAGUGCAUACGAAUUCUGCUGACCACCGCCUGGGUAGUGGUCACCCUCAUCAUUGCCCUGUGUGUGCCUGACAUCAGCGAGGUGGUCAGCGUCAUUGGUGGCAUUGGGGCUUUCUUCAUCUUCAUCUUUCCAGGGCUAUGUUUGGUGUUUGCAAUGGAGACGGAAUCCUUCAGGCCAAGAACCAAGUCCUGCCUAAUUACCUGGGGGAUCAUCACUGUCCUUUGUGGAGCUUUCGUCUUUGGGCAAAGCACAGCAUCGGCCAUCAUGGCACUAUUGCACAAACUCUAG